AUGUUUGACUGGGACACCGACUCGGUCAUGUCCGAAUGGGACAAAAAGUAUGUCUCUACGAAUGUCAAGGCUGGAUCACGAAAAUACGACAGAGACUUUCUGCUGGGUCUCAACUCCAAGCUAGCUACUUUGCAUCCUGAGUUGCAAAGCUACGGCCACGCAAUCAUCGCAACCGCAUGCUGCGCCGUCGGCCGUGCAGAUAUUGUCGGAAGGUUUUUUGACGAUGUCACGUUCGAAGCCACCCCAGAAGACUCGGAAAAGGCCUUUCUGUGUCUGAGAGAAGCCAUCACUAUCGUCUUCCCAUAUUUGGGAAUGCCAACUUGCAUUCCUGCAUGCUAUGGAAUGAUUGGCGUCGUACAGCGAAAAGGCCCAGCGUAUGCCUCGACCAGAGUAUUGCGGAAGACGACGAUUGAUGAUGACGACGUCCAGAAAGGCCGGGACCUACGUUCUCGGAUUUACAGUGGAGUCGGAAAUUCCGACAUUUUCAACUUGAUGGAUAAAUAUUUUACGGAUUUGUUUACAUGCUCAACUGUUGUCACAUGGGGCUAUCUGAUCUCGAAAGCGAACGAGGAAGUCUUCCAGCCGCAGGAAUCCCAUCUCAUUAUUGCCGCCUCGAUAGCAGCAUUAGGCGCGACAAGGCAGACAAAGAGCCAUAUCAAAGCUACACUGGGCAUCGGGAACUCAGUUGCGUCCGUGAAAACCGUGCUGGAAGUUGUCACGAGGAUCGCUGAGUGGGCGGACCGCCCGAUUGCAGCUUUCGAUGUUGAUGGUCUUUCUCGGGAGAUCCAGGAUGCUUUGAAGAAAUAA